GUUACCAGGGUUUUGUUACCAGGAAGUGGGUCGAGUUAUUUAUAUUUCAACGCUCGUCCUCUUGUUCAUGAGGGAGAACCGGUGGUAGUAACCUGAAACUAUACAUUCAAACAUUGUCUGGAUCUGGAGGAGAACAAUCGGCUUCACGAGCAGGAAUGACAGGAAUCAAAGAAAAUAUGUGCGAAUGUAAUUAAGGUAAAGUCCACGCGAGAGGGCAAACUGACCCCGUGAGCGAUUUAUCAUUGGCAGGGGUGUUGUGAUGAAGCUUCAUGAGAAGAUUUUAACCCAUUACCUCUCGUGCACAUCUCCAGUGGAUAAAGAGGGAUAUCUCAACAAAAAGAAAAAACGAAAUGACACCUACCACCGGCGGUGGUUUGUCCUGAAGGCAAACUUGCUUUUUUACCAGGAGCGCCCAGCUGACAGACACCUGCUGGGUGUCAUUGUGCUGGAAGGGUGUGCUGUUCAGCACUCGGAGACCGAUGGACAUUUUACCUUCUCCCUGGUGUUUGGGCCUGGACUCAAAACUUACAGAUUUGCAGCAAUAGAUCGCCAGGGUCAAGAGAGUUGGGUGAAAGCUCUCCACUCAGCCAGCCACUGUUACCUCUCCAUGGUGGUGAAAGACCUAGCGAGACAGUAUGAAGAAGCUAAGCGGCAGCAAAGCCUGGGUGAGUCCCACCCCUCUGUCAGUGCCCUCAAGCUGCCCACAAACAGCUUCUUAUUCACCACAAUGCAGAAAACAGCAGUAGUCAGAGAGGGGAGGAGCUUCAGUGCCAGCACCCUUUUACAAGCACCUUCCAUACCAGCUAAAGUAGUGGCAAAAAAAUCCCCCAAACUCUGGACCAGGAGACAUGCUUGUGUCACACCUCUUAAUGGACCAGCACCUUUGUAUGGGGAGUGGCCUUUGGUGGGAUUUGACCUGUUCGAGGAUUUUAGCAAACUCCAUGAUUAUUAUGGCCAGGAAGUGAAGAAAGUGCGAGAGGACUGGCUGAAAAGUCGUCAAAAAGAAGAGGACCACACUGAUCAAGAUCUUAUUGACCUGGGGUGAAAGAAAAAAGAGUUUAAUGUUUCCUUAGGAGGAACUGAGAUGGGGUGAGUCAUGUGUGUCAAAGAGGAAGCGGGCCUGUUUUAGUAUUUUGACAUUUUUGGCAGACACCUGACAUCUGUCUGAUCAACGCCGGUCAUUUUUAGAUUAGCUUUAAACUCUUUGCAGAAAGUUCAGAUUUUCUAGAUUCUGUGAAGAAAACACACUGGAAUGUAAAGCAGGGUAGAUGCUGUUCAAAGGGGCCUUUUAUUUUUAUAUUUUAUGGCAAUAUUUUACACCUGUGAUUUUCUUGCUGUGGGACGCCCACCAUGAUGCAGUGUUAAAUAAAAGAGUAUUAUAUGAAAUUCACUGUACGAUCAAAUAAAACAUGUCUAUUGUUUUUUAUGACUUGUAACUGGUUCGUUGGCAUGUUGACACACAACUUUGAUGCACAAAAUACAAAUAAAAACAUAACUCAUAAGAGCCCCUUCUUAAAUCUACGCCUGUGAUUAACAGUGGUGGUAAGAAAGUCCAUGUCCUGAAGGAAGAUGAGCUUAAAUACCAUCCAAAGCAAAAGAAAGGAGAGAGUGCAAGCAUGAGUGUCACCGGUGAUUUGUGACAGAAGGAUGGCAGCAAGAGUGAAAGGGAAGGUUUAGAAGAUGGUAGCGAGACCGGCUAUCAUGUAUGGUUUGGAGAUGGUUGCACUGACAAAAAUACAAGAGGUGACAGAGUUGAGGAUGUUAAGCUUUUCAUUUGCAGGUUAGAAAUCAGUACAUCAGAGGGACAGAUCAGAAAGUCAGAGCGGCAAGGCUGAGGUGGUUUGGGCAUGUGAAGAGCAGGGAUUGUGGAUACACUGGACAAAGGGUGGAGGAAAGAAGAAAACCACAGAGAAGAUUCAUGGAUGUAGUGAAGGAGGGUUUCUGUGACAGAGGAGGUAGAUGAGCCUCUGUGGUGAUUUCUAAAAGGAGCAGCCGAAAGAAGAAGAAGCAGUGGAUGGAUGACUGAGAACCUGCACAGAGAAGAAGCAGUGGAUGGAUGACUGAGAACCUGCACAGAGAAGAAGAAGCAAUGAAGGAACAUGAACAGUAGAGGGAGCUGCAGGCACAGUGUGUGACUGACUGAUUUAUAGAAGCAUGCAAGAGACACAAAGAAUGCAGCUGGUGUUACAUAUUUAAGAAAAUUUACUGUCCUGCAACUUGAAAAACAACAACAGACACCUGAAGUGCUUUUGAAAUUCACUGAAUGGCGACUGAUGUAACACAAUCACAGAUGGACUCAAAUAACCAAAUAGAGUAACCUCAGACUGGACGGUGAUCAAACACACAUUAUGACAUUACAAACUCUCAUGUCUCCCGUGUCACUCCAAUUUGCUAAGACCGUCUUCCCCAUAGGUCAAGCAGGGAGCUUCUCCACAUUCCAGACCCUACAUACACACAUACCAAUCAUCCAGAAAUGAUAGAUGGCUUCUCAAGAGCGUGGUGGGAUGCGUCACAUUACAGCACAGGCACCUGCAAUGUACACACACAUCUGUAUGAAAGCAUUCCCUCGCCACAGCGGCGGUUAAACACAUUGUGCAGACGGUGAAGUCAGUAAACUGCAGCAGCUGACACAUCUGUGAAAAGUUUGAGAUGUUACAGCUCGUUUGCAUAUUUCUUAAGAAGUGCUUGACACUCGUGUCCAACUCGAAGGGCCAGUUUGAAGAAAACCACUUUGAUUUAUUAGUUUUUUUACCGAAGACCGAUUUUAAAGUCAUUACUUUUCCCUUUCAAAAAGACAAAUCUAUGAGGAAGCCAUUGAGUUGUUGUUAUUAUUUUCAGUCACAAUCACAUAAAGAACACGAAUAAAAAACCCAAACGCACACAGUGUUAAAACAACAGGCUAAAUGAUGUUUAAAGCAGAUACAGUGGUCACCAUAUGCUGAUAUUAGAAGCAAUGC